GGACCGACAGCUUCUUCCCCCAGGGCGUCAAGAUCACCAUAGUCGUGGUCUACAUGAUUGUCUGCGUGGUAGGGCUUGUGGGAAACUGCUUGGUCAUGUACGUCAUCAUCAGAUAUACCAAGAUGAAGACAGCUACCAACAUUUAUAUAUUUAACCUGGCACUGGCUGAUGCCCUGGUUCUAGCAACGCUUCCAUUCCAGGGCACUGAUGUAUUCCUUGGCUUCUGGCCCUUCGGCAAUGCCCUGUGUAAAGCUGUGGUCUCCAUUGACUAUUAUAACAUGUUCACCAGUGUGUUCACCCUCACCGUGAUGAGCAUGGAUCGAUAUGUGGCAGUGUGCCACCCGGUAAAAGCCCUGGACAUGAGGACGCCCCACAAGGCCAAGGUGGUCAAUAUCUGCGUGUGGGUCCUGGCUUCUGCCAUUGGUGUCCCGGCUAUGUUCUUAAGCUCAACUUACUCCAGGGUAGGCAGCAUUGAGUGCAUCUUGGUUCUGCCAGAUCCUCGCAGUUACUGGGACCCUGUGUUUGGCACCUGUGUUUUCCUACUCUCCUUCCUGGUUCCCGUGGCAAUCAUCAGUGUGUGCUACAGUCUGAUGGUAAAACGCCUCCGCAGUGUUCGCAUCCUAUCGGGGUCCAAAGAAAAGGAUCGCAACCUUCGGCGCAUCACCCGCAUGGUGCUUGUGGUAGUUGCAGCUUUUGUCGUUUGCUGGACACCCAUCCAGAUUAUGGCCCUUGCGCAGUCACUGGGCUUUAACUUGGGCAGUGUCCAAACAGUGGUCUUCAUGCAUUUCUGCAUCGCCCUGGGUUACGUCAACAGUAGCCUCAACCCGGUUCUCUAUGCUUUCCUUGACGAAAACUUCAAGCGUUGCUUCCGUGAUUUCUGCCACCCCUCACCAUUUGGUCUGGAUGCGCAGCAGUCGGGCCGCAUGCGCAACAUUGCACGCGAGGUGGCCUACAACUGCAAGACUGCAGAUGGGAACAGUAACCCCGCAUGACUAGGCGUGGAGCUGCCCCUGGUCAGCCCCGAGCCACAACCCAGUCCAGGGACAGGAAACUCAAACUCUGAGUUGACACAAAUUACAACUCUCUAGCACCAAGUCACCUCCGCCAGGUAGGCGGGGGACAUGGCUGGGCUAGGAGUGAGGGUGGAGUCAAGCUAAAUGACACACCCUCUUAGGGACAAAGGGGCUCACUUUACAGUGUCUUAAUUGGACUUGGAUGUUAUUGUCUACAGUUUUGUUCUUAUUUGAGUUAUUACACUUUGUUGUUCAGUGUUACAGGAUUGUAUAGAUGCUUUUUAUGUCAUUCUUUACACAAUCAAUGUUUUU